AUGGCGAAGAAGCACAAGGAGGCAAUUUUUGCCAGGGUUUGGAUACCUGAUCCUGAGGAAGUGUGGAAGUCAGCAGAGUUGCUGAAAGAUUAUAAGCCUGGAGAUAAAGUGCUCCUGCUUCACCUUGAAGAAGGGCAGGAUUUGGAAUACCGUCUAGAUCCAAAGACCAAGGAGCUGCCUCACUUACGGAACCCUGACAUCCUUGUGGGUGAAAAUGAUCUCACAGCCCUCAGCUAUCUUCAUGAGCCUGCUGUGCUGCAUAAUCUCCGAGUUCGCUUCAUUGAUUCCAAACUCAUCUAUACGUAUUGUGGAAUAGUCCUAGUAGCUAUAAAUCCCUAUGAACAGCUGCCUAUUUAUGGAGAAGACAUUAUUAAUGCAUACAGUGGCCAGAACAUGGGUGACAUGGAUCCUCACAUCUUUGCAGUAGCUGAAGAGGCGUAUAAGCAAAUGGCAAGGGAUGAACGAAAUCAGUCCAUCAUUGUAAGUGGAGAGUCGGGCGCAGGAAAGACGGUCUCAGCUAAGUAUGCCAUGCGAUACUUCGCAACUGUAAGUGGUUCUGCCAGUGAGGCCAAUGUCGAGGAAAAGGUCUUGGCCUCCAACCCCAUCAUGGAGUCAAUUGGAAAUGCUAAAACAACCAGGAAUGAUAAUAGCAGCCGGUUUGGGAAAUAUAUUGAAAUUGGUUUUGAUAAGAGAUACCGAAUCAUCGGUGCCAAUAUGAGAACUUACCUUUUAGAGAAAUCCAGAGUGGUAUUCCAGGCAGAAGAGGAGAGAAACUACCAUAUCUUCUACCAGCUCUGUGCUUCAGCAAAGCUACCUGAGUUUAAAAUGCUGCGAUUAGGAAACGCAGACAGUUUUCAUUACACAAAGCAAGGAGGCAGCCCUGUGAUCGAAGGAGUGGAUGAUGCGAAGGAGAUGUCUCACACCAGGCAGGCCUGCACUCUGCUGGGAAUUAGUGAAUCUUACCAAAUGGGAAUUUUUAGAAUACUUGCUGGCAUCCUUCACUUAGGCAAUGUUGGAUUUGCAUCUCGAGAUUCAGACAGCUGCACAAUACCUCCCAAGCACGAGCCACUUAUCAUCUUCUGUGACCUCAUGGGUGUGGAUUAUGAAGAGAUGUGUCACUGGCUCUGCCACCGAAAGCUGGCUACUGCCACAGAGACAUACAUCAAGCCCAUCUCUAAGCUGCAGGCCACAAAUGCCCGAGAUGCUUUAGCAAAGCACAUCUAUGCCAAACUCUUUAACUGGAUUGUAGACCAUGUCAAUCAGGCUCUCCAUUCUGCUGUCAAGCAGCAUUCUUUCAUUGGCGUGCUGGAUAUUUACGGAUUUGAAACAUUUGAGAUAAAUAGUUUUGAACAGUUCUGCAUAAAUUAUGCAAAUGAAAAACUACAGCAACAAUUCAACAUGCAUGUCUUCAAAUUGGAACAAGAGGAAUAUAUGAAGGAACAAAUUCCAUGGACACUCAUAGAUUUCUAUGAUAAUCAGCCUUGUAUCAAUCUUAUAGAAUCUAAAAUGGGCAUUCUAGAUUUGCUGGAUGAGGAGUGUAAGAUGCCUAAAGGCACAGAUGAUACCUGGGCUCAAAAACUGUACAACACACAUUUGAACAAAUGUGCCCUCUUUGAGAAGCCCCGUAUGUCAAACAAAGCCUUCAUCAUCAAACAUUUUGCUGACAAAGUGGAGUACCAGUGUGAAGGCUUUCUUGAAAAGAAUAAAGACACCGUUUUUGAAGAACAAAUUAAAGUCCUUAAGUCAAGCAAGUUUAAGAUGCUACCAGAACUAUUUCAAGAUGACGAGAAGGCCAUCAGUCCCACCUCCGCCACCUCUUCAGGGCGCACGCCUCUCACUCGAGUUCCUGUAAAGCCCACCAAGGGCCGACCUGGCCAGAUGGCCAAAGAGCACAAGAAGACAGUGGGACACCAGUUUCGGAACUCUCUUCACCUGCUUAUGGAAACCCUUAAUGCCACGACUCCUCACUACGUACGCUGCAUUAAGCCUAAUGAUUUCAAGUUUCCAUUCACAUUUGAUGAGAAAAGGGCAGUGCAGCAACUAAGAGCAUGUGGUGUCCUCGAGACCAUCCGAAUCAGUGCAGCGGGUUUUCCCUCACGGUGGACUUACCAAGAGUUUUUCAGCCGGUAUCGGGUCCUAAUGAAGCAAAAGGAUGUGCUGGGAGAUAGAAAGCAAACAUGCAAGAAUGUAUUAGAGAAACUGAUAUUGGACAAGGACAAAUACCAGUUUGGUAAGACAAAGAUCUUUUUCCGUGCUGGUCAAGUGGCCUAUCUAGAAAAAUUGAGGGCUGACAAACUGAGGGCUGCCUGCAUCCGGAUCCAGAAGACCAUUCGUGGGUGGCUGCUAAGGAAGAAAUACCUGUGCAUGCAGAGGGCAGCCAUCACGGUGCAGCGAUACGUGCGGGGCUAUCAGGCUCGAUGCUAUGCCAAGUUUCUGCGCAGGACCAAGGCAGCAACCACCAUUCAAAAGUACUGGCGCAUGUAUGUGGUCCGCAGGAGGUACAAGGUUCGACGAGCUGCCACUGUUGUUCUUCAGUCUUAUUUGAGAGGCUAUUUGGCAAGAAAUAGGUAUCGCAAGAUACUCCGUGAGCACAAAGCAGUCAUCAUCCAGAAACGUGUCCGUGGCUGGCUGGCUCGUACACAUUAUAAGAGGACCAUGCAAGCCAUCAUCUACCUUCAGUGCUGCUUCCGGCGAAUGAUGGCCAAGCGUGAACUGAAGAAGCUGAAAAUCGAGGCUCGCUCUGUGGAACGCUACAAGAAGCUCCACAUCGGCAUGGAAAACAAGAUUAUGCAGCUGCAGCGCAAAGUGGAUGAGCAGAACAAAGACUACAAAUGCCUCAUGGAGAAACUAACCAAUCUGGAAGGACUAUACAACUCUGAGACUGAAAAACUACGAAAUGAUGUAGAACGUCUUCAGCUAAGUGAGGAGGAAGCUAAGGUUGCCACUGGACGCGUCCUUAGUCUACAGGAAGAAAUUGCCAAACUCCGCAAAGACCUGGAACAAACUCGAUCAGAGAAAAAAUGCAUUGAAGAACGAGCAGAUAAAUACAAACAAGAAACUGAGCAGCUGGUGUCAAAUUUGAAGGAAGAAAAUACUUUGCUGAAACAGGAAAAGGAGACCCUCAAUCACCUCAUCGUGGAGCAGGCUAAGGAGAUGACAGAAACUAUGGAGAAGAAGUUAGUAGAAGAGACAAAACAGCUGGAGAUUGACCUGAAUGAUGAAAGACUGAGGUAUCAGAACCUUCUGAAUGAGUUCAGUCGUCUGGAGGAGCGCUAUGAUGACCUCAAGGAGGAGAUGACCCUGAUGCUGAAUGUGCCUAAACCAGGACACAAGAGAACAGACUCUACCCACAGCAGCAAUGAGUCUGAAUACACCUUCAGCUCUGAAUUUGCAGAAACUGAAGACAUUGCACCAAGGACAGAGGAGCCAAGUGAGAAGAAGGUGCCUCUGGACAUGUCAUUGUUCCUUAAGCUCCAGAAGCGUGUCACGGAGCUGGAACAGGAGAAGCAGAUACUGCAGGAUGAGCUGGACAGAAAGGAGGAGCAGGUGUUCCGCAGCAAGGCAAAGGAGGAAGAAAGACCACCAAUUAGAGGUGCGGAACUGGAAUAUGAGUCCCUCAAGCGUCAAGAACUGGAAUCAGAAAACAAAAAACUGAAGAAUGAGCUGAACGAGUUACGCAAAGCCCUCAGUGAGAAAAGCGCCCCCGAAGUGACUGCACCAGGUGCUCCUGCCUACCGUGUCCUCAUGGAACAGCUGACCUCCGUGAGCGAGGAGCUCGAUGUCCGCAAGGAGGAAGUCCUCAUCUUGCGGUCUCAGCUGGUGAGCCAGAAAGAAGCCAUCCAGCCCAAAAACACCAUGACAGAUUCCACAAUACUUUUGGAAGAUGUACAGAAAAUGAAAGACAAAGGUGAAAUCGCACAAGCAUAUAUUGGUUUGAAAGAAACCAACAGAUCAUCUGCUAUGGAUUACCAGGAGUUGAAUGAGGAUGGAGAGCUCUGGCUGGUUUAUGAAGGGUUAAAACAAGCCAACAGGCUCUUGGAAUCCCAGCUGCAGUCACAGAAGAGGAGCCACGAGAAUGAGACCGAGGCCCUCCGUGGGGAGAUCCAGAGCCUGAAGGAAGAGAAUAACCGGCAACAGCAGCUGCUGGCCCAGAACCUGCAGCUGCCCCCCGAGGCCCGCAUUGAAGCCAGCCUGCAGCAUGAGAUCACGCGGCUGACCAACGAAAACCUGUAUUUUGAGGAAUUAUAUGCAGAUGACCCUAAGAAGUAUCAAUCAUAUCGGAUUUCACUUUACAAAAGGAUGAUUGAUUUGAUGGAACAGCUUGAAAAGCAGGAUAAAACUGUCCGGAAACUGAAAAAACAACUGAAAGUCUUCGCCAAAAAAAUUGGUGAACUAGAAGUGGGUCAGAUGGAGAACAUAUCUCCAGGACAGAUCAUUGAUGAGCCUAUCCGGCCAGUCAAUAUUCCCCGGAAAGAAAAGGAUUUCCAAGGAAUGCUGGAGUACAAACGGGAGGAUGAGCAGAAGCUUGUUAAGAACCUGAUUCUAGAAUUGAAGCCACGUGGUGUGGCUGUCAAUCUGAUUCCAGGGUUACCAGCAUAUAUCUUAUUUAUGUGUGUGCGACAUGCUGACUACCUGAAUGAUGAUCAGAAAGUACGAUCAUUGCUGACGUCAACCAUUAACAGCAUCAAAAAGGUCUUGAAGAAAAGAGGUGACGACUUUGAAACUGUCUCCUUCUGGCUCUCUAACACAUGCCGAUUUUUGCACUGUUUGAAGCAAUAUAGUGGAGAGGAGGGCUUCAUGAAACACAACACAUCUCGCCAGAAUGAACACUGCCUCACCAACUUUGACCUUGCUGAAUACCGGCAAGUGCUGAGCGACUUGGCCAUUCAGAUCUACCAGCAGCUUGUGAGGGUGUUAGAGAACAUCCUUCAGCCAAUGAUAGUCUCAGGCAUGCUGGAGCAUGAAACAAUCCAGGGUGUGUCCGGGGUCAAGCCCACAGGGCUCAGAAAGCGCACCUCCAGUAUCGCGGACGAGGGCACCUACACGCUGGACUCCAUCCUGCGGCAGCUCAACUCCUUCCAUUCAGUCAUGUGUCAGCAUGGCAUGGACCCAGAGCUAAUCAAGCAAGUAGUCAAGCAGAUGUUCUACAUCGUGGGUGCCAUCACCCUAAACAACCUCCUCCUGCGCAAGGACAUGUGCUCUUGGAGCAAAGGCAUGCAGAUCAGGUACAAUGUCAGUCAGUUGGAAGAAUGGCUACGUGACAAGAAUCUAAUGAACAGCGGGGCCAAAGAGACUCUGGAACCUCUCAUUCAGGCUGCUCAACUUUUGCAAGUGAAAAAGAAAACGGAUGAUGACGCCGAAGCCAUCUGCUCCAUGUGCAAUGCCCUGACCACUGCCCAGAUCGUCAAGGUAUUGAAUCUCUACACACCCGUUAAUGAGUUUGAAGAAAGGGUCUCUGUUUCAUUUAUCCGCACUAUACAGAUGCGGUUACGAGACAGGAAAGACUCUCCGCAGCUGCUCAUGGAUGCUAAACACAUCUUUCCUGUCACUUUCCCCUUUAACCCAUCCUCCCUGGCCCUAGAAACCAUCCAGAUCCCAGCCAGCCUGGGCCUGGGCUUCAUUGCCCGGGUCUGAAGCACUGUCCAGGCAAACAGAGCAUAAGAACAGUCGCUUCUGGUGAGCUGGUGAAAAUGCAUUUCUAAAGAAAGAGCACUGAUCAUCUCUAAAGGAAGAUGUUAUUAACUGGAAACCCCCUGGACCCUUUCACCUGGGAAGAGACGCCGUGUCCUGUGUCACCUUUAAAGCACCAUUCUUCUUCAUCAGUUGAGUUUACAUACAGCUAAAUGAUGGCAGGGAGGAAUGAAAGGAGGGGAAGCAGUGUGUGUCUUCAGCUGACAGCAUUGAUUUUAAAUCUUUAGUGCUGCACUAAGUGACAUACAAAAGUACAAUUCCAUAUGUAUGAACUGUUGUUAGCAAGGCACAGAGCAAGAACCGAAAGACAAAUCACCACUGAACACAUAUCAUAUCAGCUUAGGAGCCAAUCAUGUUGAUAUUGUCAAACUGGAUCAAAAAAAUAAACUGGCAAUAUGUAAAGU